CCCUAAGAUGCAUCGUAGAGAGCGGGAGAUGGCGAUACACAUAAAUGGGGAAGAUCCAAUCGGCAAACGAUGUCGAUCCAUCAAAUAAUGGCAAACCCUAGAAGAAUUUCAUAUCCAAGUAGCACAGAAAUUCCAAUUUUCAACACUGAAAUCAACAUCCCCCUUCAAUCACAAACCUUAGCAGCAAGACUCUCAAGAUUGAAAUUCUUCUUAAAAAAGCCACAAGCUUUCCCCUUUUUGCUAUCAAUCUUCCUAAUCCUAACCUGGGUCUUCCUCAGAAUCCAACAGCGGAAUUCACAAUUCCCAUUAAACCCAUCCAAUACCAAUAUCAAUAUCAGAAGAUUCUCAUUCGACAACGAUGAAGAUCAUGACGCCAAUAUCAUCCGAUUCUCUUCUGGGUUCCCAUCGCCGAUAACCAAAGACAACCGUGGCUGGAUGCUCGACCCCGUUUCAAUCGCACUAAACUCUCGAAUUCCAGGUGGAGCUCUAAUUUGUGCUUCAAUUCAUGUCGGCGAAAUCAAACCCGGUGGUUUGAGGGGAAAUCAUCGACACCAUACAUGUAAUGAAACGUUCUUGAUUUGGGGAGCUCGAACAAUGUUCAGAUUGGAAAAUACUGCACUUGGAAAAGGUUUCGCUCAAGUAACUCUCACUGCAGAUGAUGUAGCAGUUGCUGUUAGCCCAUCAGGAACUGCUCAUGCUUUGGUAAACAUGGAUUCCACUCGAACAACAUUCAUAAUCGGAUGCCAAGAUUGUGUUAACCAACACAACAACUCCAAUUCCGAUUUCAAAGUCUGGGAAGAUCUUUAAUUACUCUUUAGAUUUCUUUGUUUCAUUGAACAGCUUUAGAAAGUUUACUUUAAUCAGGUUUUUUUGUAAACAUUUAUUAGCAUCAAUGCAUUAUAAUUAUAUGUGUUAUAUGUAACA